UGCCAUGGCACCCUUCGCAACGCCCGCGUUCCUGGCCUUGGCCACGGCCACCGGCAUUUUUCGCGUCGCUGGCUCCGUGCCGGCGCUGCUGAGGGUGCGGACGUCGCGAGCGCUGGGGGCGAACACCUUUUCGACGAUUCAAGCCUUUGAGAUCGUGACCAACGCCAGCUGUCGACCCAUGUGGACCGACCAGUUUCUCGGAACACAACGAACGGUGCCAUCCGUUGACAUUGGCAUUCUGAAGGGAAAAGGCUACUGCCAGCUGCUCUCGCAGAAAUGUCAACCGUUUCAUCUGGGGAUGGACUGUUGGGACCAAUACGAGAUGAUCGACCGCGGUUGGCACAAAGCGGCCACAUUCGCGGUGGGCAUUGUACCACCGGUGGUGCUUCUCUUGGCGUAUAUUGUCGCCAGUUGCCGCAGCCAAUGGAAACGCGGAGCCGCCCAGAACGGCCACCUCGUCUCCGACAGCGACGUCGCCAGCGACGGCAGCGGCAGCGACAGCUCUACCGAGUCGGGCGAGUGCGCCCAAAACCACUGGGAGGAUCCAGCGUGGGCAGCCAUCACCAUGCAGCAGCUGUUGGAUUUGCACCAGAAGGCGAGACAGGAAUUCCAGGACGAAUUUCCCAACAUCACGAUGCACCAUGUGAACGCUCGGAUCCUUCAACCUCUAUGUGAAAAACAUGGGAAAUGCUAUGCCCACAUUGUGAACGCAGAGGAGCCGUUGCUUCUCAACGUUUUUGUGAGCCACGCAUGGCAAGAAGGCUUUGACGAGUUCGUCCAGUAUGUCGCUUCGCCUUUUCGGCACUGGAGCCUCCAGCCCAACCUCUGGAUCUGCGCCACGGCCUUGAUUCAGAGCCGUGACGCUUCGAAGGUCUCGGCACAGGUGGGGGUUGGAGAGCAUCCGGAGGCUGCACCUUUCACACGCGCCUUGUUGCGAGCUGGACGCUUGCUGGUGGUACGCAAUCAAGCGGUGAAUCUCUUUGAGAGGAUUUGGUGCUGUUGGGAACUCUUCAAAGCCUACGAGUUUCUUGGAAGAUCCAAGAAAGUAGCAGAUGAAGCCAUUCAAGUCGUGAUCGGGCUGGUGGCCACCCCGGGAGCCUUGAUGAUCACCGGUCCGGCGGAUACCAACAUGGCGCCCGUGAAGAUCCAACAAGCCUUGGCUUCGGACCCUGAGGACCUGUGGGGCUUGGAAAAUGGAUGGAUGGAUGGAAUGAAGUGGGGCUCAAUGGCAUUGGAAAAUGGUGGAAAAUGGCUUGGAAAAUCUGGAAAGUGA